CCCCGAUACUCGUCCUAGUACACUUAUUAUUCUGCCAUGCCCCUCCCCUCCCCUCGGCGUUCUCGCUUCCCCCUUCUCGUUAUAUCGUCAAAUUUGCUGUCCUGUGCCGCUUGUCCGAUUCUUGUAGCGUUUGCUCUGCUGUUGUACCAUAUUCAUACCAUACCGUCGAGCGUCGGCAAUGUCCUAGAUGAGUUGAUAAGGACAGUCCGGCUCGUUGUCUCGGACCCGUACUCGCCACUACCGUCCGGACUGAAUCGCCCUUUUUUUUCCUUUUCGCCUGCGCAUGAUCUCUGCUGUGCGUUCCGCCCUCCCGCGGUGCGUGGGCGCUUCGCUACGUCACUUAUAACGACAAAUCGUACCGACGACGACGAUCUCGUGCGCCAUGGGCUUGCUCAGCUUCUUGACCAGCCGGAGGAACGCUGGCGGCGCAGACCGGUCCCGGGAAGCGACAUCGUCCACCAACCACCAACCCUACCACACGACUGUAGCAGCGCAUCCUCCCGUUCGAGGAACUCGAGCCGUGUACGGAAACGGACCCGUGUCGCUGGAGAAUCUGCAACGGCAGGCCGCACGGAAGAGGCCCAGCCAGCCUCAGCUUUCCACAGGAAUUGUGAAACCCUUCUUCCUCGGUGUUGUCGAUGAGCGGCCGUCCAGUGCACCUGGCGAUGAGGCGGACGUAUGGCGGUCGAGAUCGCCCGGCGCGAUCCCGCGAUUCCCAGUCCUAGAGACCUACCACAGCAACGUUAGCCGGGGACGAAGCCUGGUCCGGAAAGACCGUGGCAAACACUCUCUGACGCCGUCGAUCGCCACCUCCAACAGGACGGCUCUGGCGACACUCAGCGGGGUUGACAGUGCGACUGGAGCAGGCAGCAGCCGAAGGGCGGUGCGGCACGUCGACCUCCUGGAUGCGCAGGGCGAGAUCAAGCCAGCCGACUUCAAGUCGAGGGUGCGAGCCGCCGGGGCGCGAGACUACGGCGAGGACGUGGCGGACCGCAACCUUGGCGAGAACGGCGUGGACCUGGCAACCCCCGCCGUGCAGCGUUUCUACGCGUCGCUGGAGCAGACGGCAACGAAAACGCCGUAUGAAAGGCGGGCGACCAUGAUCACCCUCCCCACGCUGAGGCGCGCGGAAGCGACGAUGCUCAACAUUGCCCGGGCCGACGAACAAGACCAGUCCUUCAAACCCUACAAGAGACGCUCCCUCCACGGCCUGCGGUCGGGCGCUGAGAUGGAGGAGCAGCGGAACACGAGCCGGCGGACAGAAAGCGCAUCGCAGCGUACCCGGAGUCUGGACGCGAGGACUCUGCUCACGCUGCCCAAGUCAACGUCGAAGCAGAAGCCUUCGCCUGAACGAAAUCUGCGGCAUGCACUGGGAUCCAUCGACGCCAACUCGAUGGCGCGCAGCUCAACACCCAAGGGAAAGGAGCGCAGCAUGUCGCCGGCUCACCACGCACCGGGAUCGACACCACGCGGCUGGAUCACCGCCGAGAGGCGACACCCGGAUCGUAGCAGAGCCAGUCAGCGUCACCAGAGGUGGGAUGAGCUUCUGAGCGUCCAGGCAUUCGAGUCGUCGGGGCAGAGUAGCCGCGCAGCCUCGCCUCCCGCCGUGCCGAGGUAUCGGCCCAUGAGCGCCAUGGGCAUCACGAGCGAUAACGGCAAGGCACCGGCCACGCCGUCCAACACGUCCACGCCCAGACGGCGACAGCGGAGGGAAGGCGGGUAUCUGGAUGAGCGGGCGUACACGCCCGUCGCGGCGGCGCACCGGGAGAUGCGCAUCUAUGACAGCCAGCUGCUGUACGCGGGUCUCUCGUAUGAGCCCCGCGGCCGCGACGAGCCCGGCGAGCAGCAGACGGCCAUGUCGUUGAUGAUGAGAGGAAACAGCUCAGAUAACGGCGGGAGUCUGAGCGACUGUGCCCCCGCACCAUCCGUCUCAACUUGCCGCAGAAAAGCCUCACGCAGCCGCAGUCGGCCCAAGCGCGGCUCCCAUGCGCAGUGGAAGAGCCCCUGGAUCAGUCUUGCCGCCCCUGAAGCUGGCGGCCCGUCGGAGCCCUCGGCCGGUCCAUCGUCGCACCACGGGCGCAACCGGUCGUGGAGCUGUCUGGCGGCGCCCGAACGCGGCGGCGCGAGCAUCAGCGAUUUCGUCGGCUACGUUCCCCCGCGCAACUCCUCGCUGCGACACUGGUCUAUCUCCUCCUUGACGCCGACGACGGAGCUCUCCGACGGCUGCUCCACGAGCACCUACCUGUUUGCGAGCCCGCAGAGCAACCAUACGGCCAACACGUCGCUCGACAUGCCGCUGUCGGUCAAGCAGCCGCCCUCGAGCGGUGUCGAGUUGAAGUCGCUGUCUGCCGCUGGCUCCACAGCAGCGCAUAUGCUUCCUGGCAGUGCGCUGUACGUGCCGUCCCUUGAGGACGAUGCCUUCACGGAGACGACGCUGGGGUCGCGAAACGGAUCCCGGACGGGCUUCUUCGACGUGAGUCAUGCUGCGGGCAAGGCCGACAGCUUGGACCUUGAAGCGCACGAGUGUGACUGUGCCGACGGUAGCAACAGCGCGGCGGAGAGCGACUCGGACGUCGACUCCUUUGUGGAGAAGCGCCGGGUCAAGGUCAAGGACGACGAGGCGCUUCUCUUCAAGGAAGAGGGCUACGGCAAGGCGGGAACCAACCUCCCGGGCCUGUUCGACCCGGAGCCGGAGAGCAAGCCGUGUCUCAUGUGUUCUCUGUUGCACUGCGCCGCCAUCGACCCGCCGCUCCUAGUCGACGGGCCGGCGAUGCCCCUGCCGUGCGGACACAAGGAGGGCAUCACGCAGCGCGAUCGGCUCCGCGCGCUGGGCUAUGAGUACGACACGGAGGAGAGUGCAUCUGAGCCGGACGAGCCCCCGGAGCCCGAGUCGCGGCAGCAGGGACGAGGCCGGGGUCGAUCCGUCACCGAGAAGCCCACGGUUGGGAGCCCAAGUCCGCAGCAGUUGAGGGACAGCUCCCUCAAGGCGGCAUCGCGACAAGCCCAGGAGGCGAAGCACAGCCACGGCAGGAGGCUGAAACGGAGCCGCGGCGUCAUCGAGCCGGUCCUUGAAGGCUGCGAGGGCCACGACGGGAACGUGGUAUUCUAGUUCAUCAAGGUUGCUCCCUGUCAGCUACACAGGACGGGUCGGGCGUUCCACCCAUUGCCUAUCGUCGCGAAGACGACUAUCUGUUUAAGUUUCACUACAGGAUGGCCACUCACCCCGGGACGGUUCUCCAUGAGGUUUCCACAUCCCUCUAUUUUUCAUUUUAUCCGUCUUGUAGUACAAGGAGACAGGGGCGGUUGACACAGGCAAUGUUGAUGACUGGGACUGGAUCCGGGGGCUUCUGGCAGACAACCGGGGGGGGGGGCGUUUAUUCUGCUCGUCUUGGUUAUUAUGCAUGACGUUUCAGGCCGUGGGAUAGGACUGCAGGUGGAGGAGGGGGGAGCAUCGAUUGGAGGAGGCAUUCACCUUAUA